AAAGAAUACAAUAGCUUUCGAACUUACGCAAUAUGGGGAAAUAAUAAAUAUUCAGUGCAUUUCAUUAAAAUGUCAAAAGAAUAAAUUUAAUUUUCUAUUGGUGUUCUUAUUAAAUAUUUUCAUAAAACAAACUGAAACCAAACUGAAGCCAAACAAAUGCAAAGAAGCCAAAAAUUUUGUACUGGUAGCAAUUACUUUGGCACCUACAAUAAUCCCCUGAACUGCAUGGAUGGCUAUGGACACUACAAUUAUCCAGAUGGCAGCGAAUAUCGAGGCUUCUUCAGACAAGGACGAUUUCAUGGCGUCGGACGUCUUAGGAUGUCAGCUCCAUAUUCAUUCACGUUUAUUGGUCAAUUCGAAAAUGGAGAACUGACUGUUGUCAAUGAAAUGAUCUAUCCGGAUGGCCUAGUGUUCCAUGCUGAUUUUAAAUCUGGAGAAAUCGAUACCGCUAAUUGGGAGUAUCUCAGUAAAUCUGACCGUCGGUACACUCGAGAGCUUUGCAUGGGCAUCCCAGCUGUUGUACCCCACGAGCCGAUUACACGCUAUAAUCCACGUUCUCUAGAACCGAACACCUACGAUACUGAGGAGGGAAUUUUCAUAGAAAAAAGCCACUUUACUACUAAAAUUCCCCCACCUUUUCAUCACCAGCGCUUUGUCAAUUGUAACAAAGAGCUCAAUUGGAUACGCAAUUGCUGCCGUCAUGCGGAAACCGAUGCGAUCGUUGAGCCAGAUGCAGCCAAAGGUCAUGACAUUAUUCAAACCAAUAUUAAAGCUAUGACACAAUUGGGCGAAAAUUUGCACACCUGUACAUGCAAUAUGGCUCAGGCUGUACAUCAAGUCCAUAUGAAAAAGUUUUGUCGGCGACUUGUACAUACUAAGGACGAUCCUUCAUCAACUUCUCAAUAUUCGAGGGAUUACAAAGAUGAGCAGAGUUCAAUUAGUACAAGCUCUUUUAGUGACAAUCCGGUGCCAUUGAAUUUGAUUGCAGAGUGCCGCAACGAAAUAGAUCAACUGGCUCUAAAGGAUAAUGACCUUACAGCCGAUUAUUACGAAUAGUAGGCAAAUUUUUAUUUACAUAAAAAAGAAUUAGGCUAUCUUUAGAUAAAUGCUUUACCACAGAAUGCGAACUUUACACAGACCAUACUGUACCAUGAAAAUUAUUACAAUA